AUGGGUGAGGUGCACACAUCCUCUGGUUUUAUUGAACCACUCCCUUCUAGUUCCGGCAUCCUUUUCGAUGGUUUGGGUAAAAUAAAAAUAAAAAAGGGACAACUAGAUAUAAUCAAUUACAUUAAUAUUUCCUAUAUCGGCCCUCAUCUAUAUAAUUUAAAUGGCGUAUUUACCACUCUGGAAGAGAUAUGCAAACGUGCUAAUUAUCAGCCCUGCGAGAACACCCUGUCUUCCUUACUGGUUCGCUUUGAAGAUAUUAAAAGUGAAUUCAAUUCUAUAUCUCAUCUUAUUUCUAAUCGUAAUAAACGCUCAGCAUGGUUUGGCGCUAUCGGUAUCGCAUUUCGGCAUAUUUUUGGAACUCUUGACGAAGAUGAUGCAAUAAAAUAUGAUCAGGCUAUAGAGUCCGUUCAGAAAGAUGAGAAAACCCUUGCCAAAUUAAUUAAAGAAAAUAUUUUAGUAACAACAAAUACAUUAAACUCUUUUAAAGAAACGAUAAAGCAACUUGAACUAAAUGAAGAAAAAUUAAAUAAAAAUAUUUACCAAUUCUUUUCUAAAUAUGAAAAUGUAACAAAUAAACUUAUCAUAAACUCUAGCAUAAAUUCAAUUAUUAGUAACUUAGAAAGUUCUUUACUUACCAUGUCAUUCCAAGUACAAGACCUUAUUAAUGAUAUUCUAUUUGCCAGUCAAAAUGUAUUUCAUCCUAAUAUUUUAUCUCCUUCUCAACUUUACAAAGAACUUGUAAACAACAUCAGACAUUUGCCGGAAGAUACACAUAUUCCUGUACCCUUAGAUUUAAGUAAUAUUCAUUUAAUUUUAAGUAUUUCUAGUGUAGCCUGUUAUUAUUAUAAUCAUAAAUUAGUAUUCAUAUUACAAAUCCCUUUAGUAACUAGAGAAACAUAUGUGUUAUACAAAACCUUAGCUAUACCAAUUCCACACAAUAUGAAUGACCCGAAUUCGUUUAGUUUUAUUCUACCAAAUAAUCCAUAUAUUGCUAUUUCUAAUGAUAAGAAUGAUUAUUGUAUUUUUGAUAAUUUAAGAAAAUGUAGCCUUGUAAACUCUGAGCUCUAUAUCUGCGAAACUCGGGCAAUCCUUUCGACCAGUGGCAACCCUACGUGUGAAACAGAACUGUUGAAAAACCCUCAUAGUUCACUACCACAGCAAUGCAUAACGAAAACCCACAUUGGACCACUUGAUGCAUGGGAACCUCUCACAAAUAACAGAUGGGUGUUUAUCCAAUCACAUCGAAAUAAGAUCUCUAUAGAUUGUGGUGCAAAUGGCCUAUCUGAAACCACAGUAUUUGGUACAGGUAUACUUAGGAUACCUAAACAUUGCACUGUAUUCACAAGAACAAUGAAGAUAAAAGCUUACAAAAACUUCAAGGUUAAUAUUACCACACCUAUACUGGAUUUCACGUUGACAAACGAUUCUUGCUGUAAUAUGAUUCCCGAAAUUAAAAGUGAACUCAGUUCUGACUAUAAGACGCCGAAGGUCAUAGAUUUAAAUAAACUAAAACUUAACAGUGAAAGUGAAAUGAAAGAACUAGACAAUUUAAUUAAUAAGGAACCUUUUAUUGUAAAAUUCCAAACUCAUUACACAGUGUCUGUAAUUAUUAUUUUUAUGAUUUUUAUUAUAGUACUAGCUUAUAAGUUAGUUUAUUGUAUUAAGUUAAAGAAAAAUGUUAAACUCCACAAAACCACUGAAUCUGAAGAUGUGGAAAUGAAUGUAAGCCCUGCUCCUCUUAGACAUCUAUCUUAG